GCGUAAUUGUAAAUAGAAUCGAGGCUAGUUAGCCCGCAUUUUUGUUGUGUGAUGGCCCUUGUGUAAAGUGUACGCCAUUACUGUGGUUUAAAACAAUCAAUGGGCGGACCAUAAAACCUCAUAUUUCACAGGAAUGGUAACGUGAUCUUUUAGGUGCUAUAUAUCAAAUUAUUCCUUAAUUAAUUAUCUUCCAGUUGCUCAUAAUUUUCAGAAAAAAUGAGCUCGAAAAAGGUACGAUUUUGCAACGGAAAAAUGGUCGGACAUUAAAAUUCAUGCAUGUGUGCAUAAAGGACGUGGAGGAAUCACGUGGUUUGUGUGUUACGAUUUAUGUUGAUAAUAUUGAAGAAACAUUGGACAUUUAUUCAUCGUUUAGUUUUGUCUUAUGUGACAGUUCCUAGAUAAAUGACAUUGCAUAGCCAUUCAAUACAGGUGACCUAUUGACAUUGCUUUGUUUUAACAUUGUUUUGAUUUACACAGAGUGGUAUUUGGGGAUUGAAGAGUCACGUGCUACGAGCCAAGUUUAAGGACAAACGGGCGCGUCGGGCUUGCGUCUGAGGUGUCACUGAAUCGUACUUUCUGUACUCUAAAGUUGUCAACACUAGAAUUAAAUGUUAACAGGUGAGAUUCUGCAAUAUCUAUGAUGUUACGUCAGCCAAACCCUCGUGCAUGUCUGUGCCUCUCUCUUUGAGAGUAUGUUGCAUGGCCGUUAUGGCACCUGCGCUAACUGAGGCAGCCACUCAGUCCUGUAUCAAAAUAUCUCAAUCCUCCCCACCAGUGAGCCCAGAGUUACAUGUGCCAUCCAUUGCUGGUAUAGCAAACGGAAAGAAUAAUCAGCCACAUAGAGCAAAGCCCCUCAGUGGGCUGACCUCCCAUGUUACUAUUGGAGAGCUUAAAAAGUUGCAACAGCAAGGUUUAUUCAAAAGCAUUGGUUGCCAAGAAAUCAAAUUCAAGUUUGAAGAUUCUGACAACACAGUUACAACAAAAGAAAGUCUACCUAAACCGUUUCUCAACGGUAACCAUUCAUUAAUUGAUUGUGAAAACAUGAACCAAACAAAUCAUGUUAAUGGCAAUGAAGAUAUUGAAACAAAAUUGAAAAGUGAUAACGGACCAAAACUUGAUUCAACAGUUAAAAGUGUUGACAGCAAGAUUCCAGUCAGUGAAGAAAAUAUUUUUGCGAAUUCUGAACAUAAAAACAAAACAAUAGACAAAAUGGUUGCUUCCAGUUCUGAAGUGGAUGCUGUUAGCACUACAGAAGUGUCCAACAUGGAUAUGGACACGGACAUUCAAAGUCCUAUUGAUUCAAAUUUGAAAGAGGAGGUUAAAAAGAAGCAACAUACUUUAGAACGCAGAACUCAACAUUUAUUAAGGCGAUUAAGAAGACUACAAAGUAGAGGGGUUGAAUCGCACUUGCAUUCUCAACUCAGAAAUUUUGUUGGCUUUCAGCAUAAAAACCUACAGACAGUUGCAAAAUCAAUUAAGAGUUCAACAUCAAAUAAUUUAAACGAAAUUAAGACUGAACUGUUCAAUAGUGAUGAUGUAAAAAGUUUAUCAACGGCAGCACUAGUGAAUUUAGUAAGAAGACUACAGUCCAGUCAGUCAUCUUUAUCGCUGAGUCAGCGUUACCUCAAUUCUAAGUCAGACAGUGGACCAACUGGCGUUUUGACAAUCGAUAAGCUGACAGCAGAAGAAUCUAUAAGAGUAUCUGGACUGUUGUCAAACAGUAUUCAUCAUGCACAGAGUUGUUGUGAUUCUGAUGUUACAGAGAGUAGCUCUGGUGGUGAAAGUUGUGAUGAAGAUGACCCUACUUGCAAGAAAUCCAAAUCAACACUGUUACACCGUCGAGCAGAAUGGAAAUGGGCCUCAGAGAGAGCUAAUGUGGCUUCACGGUGGACGUGGUUACAAGCUCAAGUUUCUGAUCUAGAAUAUCGAAUUCGACAACAAAGUGAAAUCUAUAAACAAAUUCGACAUACAAAAGGACCAGUUCUUCUAGGAGAACAGCCUUCUCCUGAAGAUUUGUUAUGGCGAAUCCGUCAGAACAGAGCAGGACAAAAGUUGUCACCACUGGAACAAAAAAUAGCAAAUCUAGAACGCAAAAAUGAAGCUUUGGCAUCCCCGUGUAAUAUAUCUAAUUUAAUGAUGAAUGUUAAUCGACAAGCUUCAAAGUUGACUCAGUCUCUGGGAACAGUAUCACCUGCUCAGAGUACGUCUGUGAUGGCAGGAGAUACAAAAUUAACACCAACUUCACAGGCUAAACAUUUGAAUGGAGUGAUAGGUACUAGUCACAGAGAUGGUCAGAAUGUCACAAUAGGACCAGGUGGUGACGGCGAUGUUACGCCACAUUCAUCUCCCAUCAAUCAUGACAUUACAUGUCAGGCAUCGCGUUGCCGUCCUGUGCGUAGUUAUAGGAAACGUAAACUGUUACGAACAGCUGGACUACACAAUGUUAGUAGGAAAGCUGCUCGUCUUUCAACUGUGAAAUGUCAGUGUUAUCCUCCAAUCUCAUCAUGUCCAAUGUGUGGAGGACGUUACAAUAAUGUACAAAGGAUAGAUGUAGAUAGUUUCCCACUGCAGGAUAGAGUUGCCAUUCUUGAUCCAGCCUUUCAUCCUGUGUUGUCUUUCAAUCAAGAAAUUCCAUUAUCAAUCCGGUUUGAGUCACAUUUGAAGAAAGGAGACUGGCAGAAUGCUUCCUCUAGUAAAAGUGCUAAAAUGUUGUCAUCUGAAAAAAGGCAUCAAAGAUACCUUGCAGCAAAAGAUAAAGCCAGAAAAACAGGAACAAAAUAUGCUAAAGGUGCCGCAGCAGCUCUCCUAUCAUCUGCAAAAUUACGGAACAAAUAUGAGAGGAGAACACCAACUAAGCCAAGGUCAACACCAACAAAGAAAUCAGAUAGAAGAUUGUAUCGUAGUGAAUUGAAAAAGAGAAGAGCAGCACAGCUUGCUGCAAAGAAGAAUCGAUCAGUUUCAUUACAUGGAGAUGAAUACAGAGCAAUGACUCCAUCACCAAUGUCAACAGAUAGUGACUUUGGACUACUAUCAUCAAGUUACCCAUCUUGUUCUAAAGAUUCAGCGCAGCGGAAAAAGAAAUUAGAAAAUGCCUAUGACAUUAACAACAUUGUCAUUCCUUAUAGUAUGGCUGCAUCUACAAGAGUGGAGAAACUUCAGUACAAGGAAAUAGUAACACCCAAGUGGAGAAAGCUUGAACCUGAAGAAACCUGUGAUAAAGUUGCUAAUUGUGAUUACCAGAGUGAAGAUACAUCAGAUGAAUCUUUUCUUUCCCGACAUCAUACCUGUGAAGUUUCGGAGAGGAAAAGAUUAUCAAACUUUGUUCAAUAUCCAAGUAGAAGAAGUAGAAGUUCUAGAACAGACAGUGGAACUACAGAAGUGUCACAAGAUAGUUCUGAUAUAUAUGGGAAAGAUGAGACAUUCCGUAGACGAAGUGGUUCUGCUACUAUUCGCCGUAUAAGUAAUAGUGUGUCAUUUGAUGAUGGGGAAUUUGUUAUUCCAAUGGACAUAUGUUUUGUAGAACCUUGGAUGGAAAGAACGUUUCCAUUAUCUGAAGAAGAAUAUACCAAAAUGUUAACAGACCAACCGCCUGUUGUCGAGUCUCGGAGGCGUAGAAGUUCUUCACGGGUUUCUCUCUCUGAAUCAUUUGGUGGCAAACCUGAAGAAGAGGCAGCUGAAGGAGAAGCUAUCACUUGCUCUCCUUUACCAAGCUCAAGCUCAGGAUCUACUGCUAGUGAAGAUCCCAAUGAUCCUGAAUGGUCAGCUGCAGACACGAAUGGGACAAAAGUAUCUAAGAGGUGAAUUUGUGCGAAGGAAUAGUAGCUUGAGAGUAGUGCUGUCAGGACCUCGUGUUCUGUAAGAAUAAGAGUGCUCAUGUUAUAGUGCUGUGAUGAGGAGACCUGAACAAAUUGGCAGUCUUCACUUACAACUUUAUGUUGCAUAUAAACAAUGUACUUAUAAAUGACAAGUAAUCUAAUUGGUUAUUAAACAUUGCCAAAUUUUUGUUUGUGAAGUUCUGCCAGUUUCAGUUGUGAGAUUUUUAAGGUUGCAGAAUGAAUGUGAAAAGUGAUUAGUGAUUUGAGGAAUUAUAGAACCAUUUUACUACUGUACAAAGAAAACAGAUAUAUUUCUUUCGUAAUACAUCUUAACAUGUGUUAGAUCUUUGUAUUUGGAUUCCAGUUUACAAUGGCAUUGGAACAUUUGAAUUUGAUUUUGAUGAGGAGUUGUCUGUCAGCUACUUUUGUUAUUGUGGUACUUUAGUACUGUAUCUUUGAGGUACUGAGAAUAUACCUGUUGAAUGCAGUACUGUUUUAGUAAAUUAUUUUACUUUUUAGUACCAUAAUUUUACAGAACUAAAAUUGGAAGUACUGUUAAGGUAUUUGAAAUCUCACUGCUAGAUUAACAAAUUGCAGCACAAAUCUAGAAGUUUAAAAUUAUAAUCAUUGUACAAAAAAAGUUCAAGUAAUUUGAAGAUGUUAAACAGUACUUCAAGGAUAAGGUAGAUUUCAGUAUACAUAUCUUGCAUUCAAACGUACCCUGGCAAAAGUAGUUGUGUACCUGAGGAAUAAUAAAGAUUUCCAUUUUAAAGAUCAAAGAUGCACAAUUUUCCUUAGGCAGGUUGUUGUUAAUCAGGAUGCAAUGUUGUUUUUAAAUGCUUAUGUCACACUACAUUUUCAAUAAUUCGAUCAUGCUUAUAAUAAUAACAUUUCAUUAUUUCAAUGCCAUUUAUGAAAAAGAAAAAAAAAAGAGAGGUCAUUUGUUAAAAACUUGAGGAAGCUGGUGUAAAAUUUAACUAGAUAAGUAAUUAUACAUCAGGGAUUUUUUUUCCAAAUUAUAUACAUACAAAGGCACAUGUGCUUUUUGGGGUUGUGUUUUUGUUACAAACUAGUUGUCUUACUGCAUUGAAUUAGCUGUUAGAUUAUUGUGAUGAAAUGUACAAAAAUACAUGUGUAUACAGAACUUGAUUUGUUGCUUUUUUGUAAGUUUCAUUGUUAAAUUUUGUAUCUGUUAUCUCACUUAAGAGGACAAAAAAAUCCCAAGCUAAGUUAUGUGUCAAAGGGCCAGUCAAGUUGUGGCAAACGGAUGUGUUUAAUUCUGAAUUUCUACGCAUAUUAAAAAUGCAAUAGAAUCUUUGUAAAGUUAUCAUUUAUAGGCAAAAAAAAGGUAUUUCUUUUAGGAUACAGAAGUUAAAAUUAAUAGGGUAUAGAAAUUGCUAAAUAAUUAUUUUUAUCAUGUUUAUUCAUCAAGCUUAAAUUAGGGACAGUCUGGCUCUUUUUAUAAGAUACGUUGAGAUUCUCAUGACUUGAAAUUAUUUUGUCUUUGCUAUCUUUUUUGUAAAAGUCACAGAAUAGACUGACUUAAAUCACCACUUAAACAAUAAGUUACGAUAACAUACAUGUAUGUACUUGUAAAAAAAGGUUGGUUAGAUCACUGUAAACUAGCAUUUUCACAACCUUAUGCAAAAUAAUAUCACAUUUUGACAGUGAAAAUUAGCACUAGGAUUAUCUGUAUGAAAAAAAAAACUGAUGAAUGCAUUUUAAAAAAAACAAAAAAACAAUAACAACAGUAAUAAUUUUUAGAUACGUAAUUUGGCCAUUUCACAAAUUUUUUAUGAAAUAUGCAAUGUUGGGGAAAUGUAUGCAACUUUUAUACUUAUCUACCAGCUAUAAUGAAUUAAAUAUCUUUCAAAUUAGUAAAAAAAAUACGUUUUAUAUUGCAACUCUACCCAAGAAUUCCUGGAAAAUGAUAUAUGUUAAAGCCUGAUAAAUGCAGUUUCACAUGCACUAGUUUCCUGCAAAUUACUUAUAUCUGGAAUCACACAUAUGUGUACCUGUUACGUUCAUACAUUGAUUGUAAUAUUUCACUUUGUAACAACCGGUGUUAGAUAUAUUAUUAAUGUGUCCUAUUGAUAGAUAUAGCUAUUGUGUCCUGUUCAUAGAUAUAGAAAUAAUUUAAAUACAAGGACAAAUCUGGCCAUAAUACGUUAACAUAAGUGCUAUUAUAUUGUAUUUUCAUACAACUUGUGUCCAUCAGACUUAUUUUUUUAAAGUUUUGGAUAAUAUUGCUCUUUUUUUGUUGUUGACAAUUUAGCUUUGUAGAUCAAUAAUAUGUGAUCAGUCGGUUUUAUAAGUUGUGAUCGAUCUAUUAUGGACUGUUCCUUUAAAACAUUCAUGAUACCAAUUGAAGGCAUUUUCAAAAACAGAUAACCACCUGUUCUGACUGUUCUUAACAUCCACUCAGUGGAGAUUUUGAAGUGCCUUUCCUGGGUUCCUUGUAUGUUUUUAUGGAACAACCCCAAGCACUUGAUGCCAUUUUUCAGCAUAUAAAUAAUCUUUUUGGUAACUGUCAAACUUGUAAGUACAGUCAUUUAGGGUGUAGAUCAACACAAAAAUAAUGUUGUCUUUUAUCUUAGCAACACUUUGUUUAAUUCUGUAAAUAGUGCUUGCACUCAUAUUUAUAACGACAAGGAUUCUUUAUACAUGCGUAUAAUUCAAACCGAUUUAAGUUCUAACUUUCAAGCACUUUUAUAUUUGAUUUAUGUAUCCCAAUACAACUGCAACAAGUUUAUCAAAUUCUAAAAUCAGUGUAAAAUACUUUUUGGAAUUUUUUGUUGCCUUGUUAAAGUCUUUCAAUAGAUGUAGUGUAUUUGUUUAAUGAUGAACAGUUAUAAUAAAACAAUUGCAAGAAGUAAAUCUUGAAAAGUUUUAUGAUGAAAUUUGAAAGUUUUGUUUGUGAUAUGUGUUGGAUCAUUGAAUUUAGUUUGAUUGCUUAAAUAUCUUGUUUGGUUACAGAAAUUUUAGAAAAAAAAUGGAAUACACACUUGUCUAGUGUCUUAUAAUAGUUGAUGUAUGAUAUUCAGUUGGAGAAUAGACUUCUUGGGGCAUUAGAUUAGAGAGGAAAAGAUCUAGGAAACUUAACUUGUUGAGAUUUGGACUUCCAACAGAAAUGGUUAAAGUUCCUUUUUCAGUUGGAAUAAAAAGACAUACUUUAUAGUUUAUACAAUAAGAAAAAAAUAUUUCUUUUUGUUGCAGUCUGCUGAGAGCCAAAAUAUAAAAUGACCAUCACAGCCAUCAAAAAUGGGUAUCCUGACAAUACUACAUUUAUUCCAAUAAGUCCCAAACUAUUCAAGUCAUUAAAUCUGAUGGUCAACAAACAUUUACUUUCCUGUUGAGUUUUAUGCCCAGAAAACGAAUGUAGGGUGUGUUAAUAAACAAACACCAAGACCAAUUGUAGAUUUCAUAGAUCCGUUGUUCUGAUUAAAACUUAUGUUUAAUAAACAAAAAACAACUUUCAUUUUUGCUUGCUGACUGUUCCAAAGGUUUUUUGUUAGUACUUAGUGUAGAAAACUGUCCUUUUUUCCACCAGGCUUACAAAAAAAUUACUAAUUUUCCUGAAAAAGGGUCAGUUCUGAUUUUAUAUCUGUUACAAAGCUCCACAUGCACUAUUCAACACAUUUAAAUCUACUGACAUUUACAUGUAUAAAUAGUCAUGUAAUCUUUUUUCCAUGAAGAAAUCAUUGAUCAUGUUUAUCGCACUGAGGAGUUUAUCUCUCACUGAUCAUGUUUAUGUAAAAUCUUUGUUAAUUGUUUAUUUGUUUAUGCUGUAUAAUACUUGUACAUUUACUGUAUAGUUGUACAAAUGUAUAUAUUGUUUCUCAGAUAUUUGUAAAAUAAAGCCCUACUGAAAUUA